GUUAGUCACGUAUUUCCCAGCAUGCACCGCACGGCAUUUUCUUUUUUUGGGUGGGAUUUUCUGAGAGGCGUUGCCGCAGUUGAAAGAAGAGUCCUUUUUACCUCGGAACCCAAGCAAUAUUUCAUACAAACGCAUUUGCAGCUGCCAGCAGUGAAGUUGUUGUUAAUAUACAAGGAUUUUUUAUUAUGGCCAACUACAUUCAUGUACCCGACGAGGCGCCCGUUGUUCCUAAAAUAGAUGUCACGUUAGACGAGAACGAUUACAGAUCUGGUGCACUGAGACUGAUCAAGGAACUGAGACCACUCUGGAAACCAUCCGAGGUCAAAAUGAAGUUCUUCACCGAUGGAAUCACAAAUAAGCUGCUAGGCUGCUACGUGGAUGGGAUCAUGCAGGAUGUCGUCCUAGUGCGUAUUUAUGGCAACAAGACAGAGCUGUUUGUGGACCGGGAAAAUGAGGUGAAGAGUUUCCGGGUGCUCCAUGCACACCGCUGCGCUCCACGCCUCUACUGUACCUUUAACAAUGGCCUCUGCUACGAGUUCCUACAAGGCCAGGCACUGGAGCCCGAAAAUAUCCGCAGCCUGCUCAUGUACAGACUCAUUGCGAGGCAGCUGGCUAAGUACCAUGCCAUCCAUGCCCACAACGGAUGGGUGCCCCAGUCAGACUUGUGGCUAAAAAUGGGCAGGUACUUCUCCCUGGUGCCUAAGUUCUUCCAAGACCCAGAGAUGAAUAUGAGGUUAAACAGUGAGGUCCCUAGUCGUAGGCAACUCCGGGAGGAGAUGGUGUGGAUGCAGCAGAGCCUUUCUGUGUUGGGCUCUCCUGUAGUCCUAUGCCACAACGACCUGCUGUGUAAGAACAUCAUCUAUAACCAGCAAGGAGAAAAUGUUAAGUUCAUUGACUACGAGUACGCUGGAUACAAUUACCAAGCCUAUGACAUUGGGAACCACUUCAAUGAAUUUGCAGGUCUGAACGAAGUGGACUACAGCCACUACCCUGACCGGAACUUCCAGAUGCAGUGGCUGCGCUCCUACUUAGAGGCCUAUAAAGAACACAAAGGUCAAGGGUCUGAGGUGAUGGACCGAGAGGUGGAGGUGCUCUACGUUCAGGUCAACCGCUUCUCCCUGGCAUCUCAUUUCUUCUGGGGAUUGUGGGCUCUCAUCCAGGCCGAGUUCUCCACCAUUGACUUUGAUUUCCUGGGUUAUGCAGUCCUUCGCUUCAGCCAGUACUUCAAGAUGAAGCCUGAGGUUGCUGCUCUGAACUUUCCUGAAUAAAAGUCCUUAAGGAAUGUCCUAGAGAUUAGCAGGAAAGUGAGCCCGGCCCACGCUUCAUGCGGAUUUCAUUCGCCAGUUACUAGAGACUCCGAACUCAAGCUUAUGAGGAAUCAUAGAACAUAUACAACAUAUUGGGAACCCAUAAAACCCCUUUGGAAACCUAUAGAAUCAUCUGGGAACCUAUAGUACUAUGUUAGAACUCACUAUGUGAGAACUCAUAAGAAACUUUUGAGAACCCAUGGGUUAUUCAGUAGUUAAGGACUACCGUAGACUCACCACAGACACUCCACAUAGCUAUAUCCAUAGCAGCACUUCAAAAGGUAGACCCCAGCCUAGCUCACUAAAGUAGCCCACAGCCAUUCAUGUUUUCAUUAAGACUAAAGUCCAUAAGCCCCGGUCCUUCAAAUUGGCCAAAUAUGCAAAAAUAAUUAUUGAACACUACAGAAGAUUUUGUUAGGAACAACCAAAUGAACACCUUGUAAAAUAUGAUGAAUUCAGUGCAAUAUUCCAGUAGCAUUUUUCACCCUGCUCUGUUACUGCCCAUCAGAAGUAGCUGGAAGCAGGGAAGACUUGGACCAACUCUGUAACUUUGUCUCCUGUGUUGCGAGCUGAUUGGGAAUAUUAAGUGUGGGCCCUUUUAUUAGAGAUAGUAUCUCUUGUCUGGGCUUGCUUGUUGAUUUAGUCACCAUUGUUUAUUUUAGUUUAAUGGUAGGCUAUAUUGUCACCGAUUGUAUUUGCUGGUUGAUUGGUUAGUGUCACUUGCAUACGUCACCUCAGUAACAAACAGGAGGACAUUUGUCUUUUUUUCCCCCAUCUUCCCUCAAGAAAACAAAGUCUAAUCCCCUACUGUAACCAGUCAUUUUGGUUCAUGGGACUGUAUCCUCAUUACAAUAAGGGCCUAGAGUAUUUCCUCACCAUUUCCUUUAAAAAUGUUGACCAGUUAAAACUCUGAGCCUGGGGCCAUAUAGAUGAGAAAUGCUCAAGGCCUGGGUCAUGAUGCAAGAUGGGUCGUUUUUUAAAUUAAAUUAAUAAAUGUUUUCCCCUUCAAAUAUUAACUCAUGUGGCUGUAGCAGCAGGCUUGACCCCAUAUUAAAUUCCAGCAAUUCAUGUUCAUCAGAUUCCCCUUUGAAAAGUGAUUUUUAGUAAUUGGCUUUAGAAUUAUUGCAACUGCCUCUAAAAUAGGUGAAGGUGAAACCUAUGAUUGGAGGACAAAAAACUUUGACAGUGAGCAUUUCACCUUUUAAGAAACUGUAUCUUUAUCUGAAAAUCUCUGUGACCCAGUUCAGUAUAGUACCUCAAAAUGUUCAUGCUGCUUGGUUCUAAACGUUCUUUAAGACACAACGGUCAUGUAAUGGGUAAAAACCAAUCGUCACCAAAGUGCUGAUACUAUUUUUUGCUUGUACAUAAUGCACAUUGUAUUUUUCCAUUUCAAAGUAAUAAUAUUUCUAUGUAUUUUCUUUUAAAAAUGAUUGCAGUUUUUAUACCUAUUUAAGUGAUAAAUGUUUUCUUGGAUUAGGAUGUCUCUGAGAGGAUGUUAGGCAUGUUGAAGAUGCUUUGACAUUAGUCAGGGCACAUCUGUGUAUUUUUCUGCAGAAACAACUGGAUGAAGAGACCACUUAAUAGGCUGACUCUAAAAGGCCACACUAUUCCCUACUUAGUGCACUAUGUUUGACCAUGGGCCAUAAGGUUGUGGUCAAAAUAACUGGCACUAAUGUUUAGGGAAUGUGAUGGUAUUUUUUCCCCAGUCAUAGACUAUUCAUUCAUAAUUAACACACCCAAUGUUAUCGGUCAACAGAGUUGCAGCCAGUCCUGUAGGUUGUUAGUUACUAUGAAAAUUGCAUCGUAAGGCACAAUUUAGGCAUUGGAUGCACAUCUUCCCAUGCCCCAAUGUUGCUUUUAACUUGUGUAACCCUCCACUUGUUGACUCUGUCUAAUGUAGUGGGAAGUUGGGUAGGCAUUACGGUAUAUGUGUCUGAAUGGCAUUUUGUUUUUUAAUUUUGCCUUUAUUUAAGGUUGACUUAUAAAGUUAUAUCAUUUCAAAUGUUUUAAAAGUAGUGCACAUUAGCCAAAAAGGGUACCUGAAAUUUGUGCACAACUGUCUACCACUUCAUCCAUUUUGAAUAUUCUACAUCCUCAGAAAAAAAAGAGCUAUCUGCAAUUCACAUGGAGUACUGUACAAAUUCAAACAAAUGUUUUGCUUAAAAGGGCAAUUUGAUGUUGCUAUAUGCAUCUUGUGAGCUGCAUUAUAAAAUGUAUGAUAUUGAUUCUUGAAUAUAUUUUAUGCUUCAGCAUAGUUCAAUAGUUCUACCCAGUCAGGACCUAAAAGUUUAGAUUGUUUUACUCCUGUGUUUGUAAAGAAAGUCUCUCAAAAUAGGGUUCAAACUAAAAUGUUCAUAUCAUGGAUGGUCAGUCCUUGCAUCCAUAGGUCUAUUGACUUUCAGAGUGGUUGUAUUUUUUCAGCACCAUUCCUCAGCAGUUCAAAGAAACCGGAAGAUCGGACAUGCUUUGUUAUUGUUUCAUCUUCUAAUUCACAUGUUAAGAUCCCCUUGAAUCUCUUUAUUGAUAAUUACAUCUGAUGUACAUGGCCUAUUCUGAUCCAUCACCAGGGAAAUGAGAGGUCAUAAAUUGACCAGAACUUGAGAUUUACUGUUACCCAACCUUUCCUCUACUAACAACCCAGUGUUUAGGUUUGUUUUACACAACUGAAUCUCAAGUUUACAUGUCAGUAGACAUGUUUUAAACCUUGUAGGGUCCAUGAAUAGUACUGCAUAUGCUGUCAGUUGUACAGCAGAACCUACCCAUUUCUCAUUUAAUGAUGAAAAGGAAUCAUGAACACAAGGAAGAUUUUUACUUCGUAAUGCUUCCCUGACAAGUUUGUUCUAAAAUUAACACCACUGUAAAACCUGCUUUUCAAAAAAGCAACCUAACACAACUAACUCAACACUGGUCUGAUUGUUUAAACUUGUAUACAUGUGCUUUUAUCAUCUUCUCUUGCAGUUGUAGUAUAUGUGUAUAUGUACAGUUAAAAGGAAAAGAAAUAUCUUUGCUUGAAAAGUGUCAAAUGUGAAUGACUGACUGUACAUAGAGCGGGUUUUUCUAAACAUUGCUGUCACGUAAAAAAAGUAGUCUUGGGUUUAACUGUGAAAUAAUGUAACUUUUAAAUACUGUACACAAGUGCUUUGAAAGAAGAUUAAAGACUACAAACAUGU